AUGGACAGUUUUUGCACCAUCACUUCUGAAGAUGAAAGGCAUUUGCGAGAUGAUAUCCUUUACUAUUGUAAGGAACUAGAGAAGUUUCCAGAUGAUGAUGAGCAUCGAGCAUACCUUAUGGACAUGGGUAUUAGGGCUUUAAGGUUUGUUCAAGAUCUCAGCAAUGCAUCCUGCUGCAUUAUUGGUUAUGGCACAGUUUUCCUUCUCUCUUUUUGA